ACUUCCCCACCUCAUUCACACUCCAUCCUGAAGGCUCACACACUCAGUCUCUGCUCUCACUCACAUGGCUGAACUGACACUGCUCUCUCUCUCUCUCUCGCUCUCUCUCUCUCUCUCUCUCUCUCUGACUCUGUGACUCUAUAAUUUGGGACAUGGCCGAAAGGAGACACAGACAGUGUAGACUUCUGUGAGAUUAACACUUCAGAAUAUUUAAGGCUCUUAAUUAGGGACAGGACUGCUUACUCAGUAGUGCGCACUUGUUAGGGUCCCUCGGAAUGGGGGAGGUGUUUGUGGUGGACAGCCAGGCGACCCCGAACCUUGUGCCCCCUAAACAGCGGAAUAAGGGCACUUACCUUCUGUACAUUCUACUGGGCUUGGCGCUGUUCGGAGUGAUUGUGGAAGGGGUACUCAUCUACCGGCUGCACCAACGGAUUUCUACACAGAUACCUCCAGAGGCUGCUCAGCAUUUCAAGCAGAUUGGAGAAAACAACACCAGGGGCGAUGCCUAUUCUAAUGAAAUCUUACCACCACUGCCAACCCAGAAGACUGACAGCGACACCAAACCAGCAGCAUUUCUGCAUUAUAACCAUUCCGUGAAGUCAGGCGUGAUGCAGUGGAACUUCCAAGGCUUUCCUACACUUAUGCACAAUUUUAAUUACAGCAACGGCAAUCUGAUCAUCCCUAAAGAUGGCUACUACUACAUAUUCUCCAAGGUGUCCUUCAAAACCUGCAGCAUUUUCAAACAUGAGGUCAAACUGAAGUCCUCACGUUACAGCUACCAACCCAUCAGCUUCAUGACGGACAUGAGGUGCAACUGUGUGGAGCCGACAAAGACUCAGGAGAAGGGGACCCAGUUUAGCAGCUACGUGGGUGGAGUUUUGAAGCUGUAUAAGAAGGAUGAGGUGUACGUUUCAGUCAGUAAUCAUAGCAAAUUGACAGGAACACCGAGUGAAAACUUCUUUGGUGGUUUCAUGAUCUAGCAUAUAAACACGUAUACAUUAAUAAUCCAUCAUGCGAGUACACACUUCAUGCAGACUUUCAUGAAGUACACAUACUUCAGUUUUUUUUUUCCCUCCUAAAUUAAUUUAGAAUAUUUCUUUCUAUUAUAUUUAACAUUUCAGUAUUUGAUGACUUUGAUGAAUUUGAUGGUAGUAUUUAUUUAAGCGGAGCCGCAGCAUCCCUGGAAUCACAUUAUGAUAUGUUUUACACAGUGAGGUCCGUGUAAUCUGGCGUGAACAUCGCGAUCAGACUCGAGUGGGGACCAAAACAUCUUAGAUAUCUUAUCUAGGUGAACUCUAGUGCAGAUCGGGACUCGACUCUGUAACUGAUUGAGAUACGAGCUGCUAAACAAAACGCUGUAGAUGUAGAAAACGAUAGGUCUUCUGUAUAAAUUGAUCUACAGCGUGUAAAUGCUGGUUAAGAUUUUAUACUCGUUAUUUAUAUAAUUAUCCAAUCUACAAUAUGCUGAUCAGACCUUUCCUGCCUGAACAGAGUUUAACCAGAAUGGAGACAAGUGUGUAGAGCAUCUGAGGGAGUUGGGUUUAGGGUUAUAGGACGAGUCAGAUCAGGUCCAGCUCCACACCCUGGACCUUUGGUCCUGCGAAGACUACCUCUAAGAACACUCCUGUAGCUCAUCGUCUCAUAACAGCACCAACAACACACUGCUCAUGUUAGUGUACAUGCUGUACUGAGAAUAAACCACCAACCAAACCAUAUCAUAUCUGCUCCAUGAAGCUCCUAUCAGGUGGUCUGUUCACAUUGAUGGAUGUGGUAGAGGAGGCCAGUAGUUAUUUAUUCACUUAUAGUGUAUGCUGUAUUUCUCAGGGGAAUUUUAAUCUUUUUAAAUAUUUUUUUCCUCUCUGAGUUUUCUAUGACAUGUAAUGCUAUUGAUUUUAUUAUUAUUAUUAUUAUUAUUAUUAUUAUUAUUAUUAUUAUUAUUAUUGUCAUCACUGUUAUUGUUGUAACAAUCUCGUAUUUGUAUGUGUUGUAAAAAGAAAAAAAAAAAGAAUAAUUAAAUAAAACGAAUAUAUUUG